AUGCCGACAAUUCCAGAUUGGGUUCUCGAUUCUAAGCUUGAGACACAUUUCCUACCUGGCAGCCAAUACGAGACAGUGCAUACCUACUAUGAACAGGAAUCCCUUUCCCAUCGGCCAGUCAAAAAAUCAGAACACUGGCAGCGCGAGAAGAAGAUUGGCGACGGCGGGUUUGGAGAGGUGUGGCUGGAGAGAUGCACAAAAGGAAACAGUCAUGGCCAUGACGUCCGUGCAAUAAAGCAGAUGGAAGUGCGUCGCCAGGUAGACUAUGGUCAUCAGCAGUACGAGCGAUGUUUUGUCAAGUCUUUUGGGUGGUACGAGACCGAAGCCAGAUUAUUUAUUGCAAUGGAAUAUCUUGAGCUUGGGGAUCUACAAGAUUAUUUGCUCGACCAGAGCCAGCCGCUGCCGGAAUUUGAGGCGCAGUGCAUCAUGUCCCAGAUUCUGGAAGGCCUUGAUUUAAUGCACGAGAAUGGCUAUGCACAUCGCGAUUUGAAACCCAAUAAUAUCCUUUUGAGAUCAUGUCCACCAAAUGAUUGGUGGGUAAAAAUCGCAGACUUUGGGAUUAGCAAACGUGUCGAGGAUAGCCUAGGAAAAUCAACGACUAUAAAGGGUACAUUCGGAUAUAUUGCUCCUGAACUAUUUGGAUUCACGCCAAAGGGCACUCCAUAUGCCGUUGACAUUUGGGCGGCUGGAGAGAUUAUGUUCCAAGUUUUAACCAAGCAACCCACAUUCAAGCAUCCCGGGUUGGUCUUCAACUACGUCCAAACGCCUAACAUAUUUCCUUCCAAUCAACUUUUGGCCAACGAGGUCAGUCAACCUGGAGUUGAAUUCGUCUUGUCUCUUAUGCACCCUACCCCUGCGGGCAGAAGAUCUGCAAAAGAUGCUUUACAGCACAGCUGGAUUGAUCAACCAUUGCCCUAUAAACGUAAAUCAGCUUCACUUGCGCACAAAGAGGCACAUUCUACGUCAUCGCUCGAAGUCACCUACUACAUCAGCUCCAGAGUCACCUACUACAUCAGCACCCAACUUAUUGCCAGGCUCAUUGUUGGGAGCGCCGUGGCCGCGGUCUCCAGAGGUAUUCGAGAAUUCUAUUCUGAGAUGGGAAUCGCCAACAUCCUCUCUCCAGUCACGCAAAAGAGGUAA